UAUAUUUGCUUGUUUGUUUAGGAAGAAUUCAGGACAGAGUCCGAUACUUUUGGAGAAUUGAAAGUUCCAGCUAGUAAAUAUUAUGGAGCUCAAACUAUGAGGUCUAUGAUGAACUUUAAUAUUGGUGGUCCUUCAGAAAGAAUGCCUGAUCCAAUUAUUAAAGCAUUUGGAAUAUUGAAAAAGGCUGCAGCAGAAGUUAAUAAAGAAUUUGGAUUAGAUCCCAAACUUGCAAAUGCUAUAUCACAAGCUGCUGAUGAAGUAAUAGCAGGUAAACUACAGGACAACUUCCCUUUGGUCAUAUGGCAGACGGGUUCUGGCACGCAGACUAACAUGAAUGUUAAUGAAGUGAUUUCAAAUAAGGCAAUUGAGAUAUUAGGCGGUAAACUUGGAAGCAAAACACCUGUCCAUCCUAAUGAUCAUGUAAAUAAAAGUCAGAGUUCCAAUGACACUUUUCCUACGGCGAUGCAUAUUGCAGCGGCGAUGGAGGUGGAAUUGUCUCUCGUUCCGGCAUUAAAACAGCUUUUAGAUGCAUUAAGAAGUAAAUCCAAUGAAUUUAAUGAUAUCAUUAAAAUAGGAAGAACACACACACAGGAUGCUGUACCAUUAACAUUAGGUCAAGAAUUUAGUGCCUAUGCUACUCAGAUUGAGUUUGGAAUCGAAAGGGUCAAAGCAUGCAUGCCCAGAGUUUAUUUUCUAGCAGCAGGAGGCACGGCAGUGGGAACCGGUCUCAAUACACGUAUUGGUUUUGCAGAGAAAGUAGCUGCCAAAGUAUCAGAAAUUACAGGAUUACCAUUUGUGACGGCACCUAACAAAUUCGAAGCACUAGCUGCACACGAUGCAAUGGUAGAGCUUUCAGGAGCAUUAAAUGUGAUUGCGUGUAGUUUAAUGAAAAUAGCAAAUGACAUUCGUUUCUUGGCAUCCGGUCCACGCUGCGGUCUAGGGGAAUUGUCCUUGCCAGAAAAUGAACCGGGUAGCAGCAUAAUGCCAGGUAAAGUAAAUCCUACACAGUGUGAAGCAAUUACAAUGGUGGCUGCACAAGUUAUUGGAAAUCACGUGGCACUGAGUGUCGGCGGAAGUAACGGCCAUUUUGAGUUAAACGUUUUCAAGCCGAUGAUGGUCGCAAACGUCUUGCGAUCCAUACGUCUAAUUGCAGAUAGUUCGAUUUCUUUUACAGUUAACUGCGUGAAAGGAAUUCAACCAAACCGAGAGAAUAUUGAAAAGUCAUUGAAUGAAUCUUUGAUGUUGGUAACUGCGCUCAAUCCUCACAUAGGAUAUGACAAAGCCGCUCAAAUUGCCAAAAAGGCUCACAGAGAAGGAACAACUCUGAAAGAAUCUGCAUUGUCAUCAGGUUUAACGGCCGAACAGUUUGACAAAUGGGUCAGACCAGAAGACAUGUUGGGCCCUAAAUAAACUAUUUAUAACAUGAUUAAUACGCAGUAGUUUUUCAAUGAAGGAUUUAAUAAACAUUUUUAUAAAUUGCUUUAUUUGAUUAAACUAAAAUUUAUCUGGA